AUGCAAUUCCCCAAUGAAAAGGAAGUUUAUGACUUUUAUAUGCGAUACGCAUAUGCCACUGGUUUUCCUGUGAGAAAAAGAAGUUCGGGGAAGGAUGAUGAUGGAGUUCUACGAUAUGUCACAUUCACGUGUAGUCGCGAAGGACGAAAAAAUAGUUCUACAGGAACUUCCAUGAAACCGCAACCCAUAAGUAAUACAGGGUGUAAAGCUAGAAUAUCCGCAUCAUUGGACAUACAUGGUUACUGGAAAAUUAAUAAUGUCCAUCUUGACCACAAUCACAAGACCAGCCCCACUAAGUCGAGGUUGUAUCGAUGUCAUCGCGUGUUAAGUUCACAUGUCAAACGAAAGCUUGAAGUGAAUGACAUAGCAGGAAUACCAUUGCAUAAAAGUUUUAACUCUGUAGUUGUUGAAGCUGGCGGGUACGAGAAUAUAACUUUUGUGGAGAAGGAUUGUCGUAACUAUGUCGAGCAGGCCAGACGCCUAAGACUUGGCGAAGGGGAUGCGACUGCAAUACAAUCCUACUUUUCUGAUAUGCAAGCUCAAUGCUCAGAUGGUUGCUCUGCGGUGUCUUCGGGCUUCCUGAUGGAUUACGAAUUUUGGUUGCAGAUGGCUGCUCACAGUGUCUUCUGGCUUUCUGAUAGAUUAGGGAUUUUG